UUCUCCCAGUAUGUCGGGAUGUGGCGGAGGAACUGAAACAGCGCAGCUAGUGGUGUCCUUUCGGACGACUUGGCCGCUGACAGAAUGAGAUAAGAUGGAUAAAGAGACGGCGGCGGAUUGCUGUGCGGCUGAAGACGAUGAAUAUCCGAACUCGGAGGUUUUUUGUCUAAUGAGAGUCGGGAGGAACUCAGACUGGCUUCGCUUGUUCGAAAACACAGAGAUCACCAUUGGACGUGGUGUGGAUGUAACCUACCAACUACUGUCUCCCACCUGUCCCCUGAUGAUCUCCAGACUGCACUGCACUUUCAGGCAAAGUGAAGACGGCCACUGGACAGUGACAGACAAGAAGAGUCUUAAUGGUGUUUGGGUGAAUGGAACUCGUUUGCCUUCCGAUGAAGCCCAUCAGGUCAGGCUCGGAGACUCCAUACAGCUCGGAGUUCCUGUAAUUGGAAACAAAGCAGAGUUUGACUAUGUCGUCGUCCAGAAGCCCCUCAGAGACAUUAAACGCUUCCUGGCAAAGAAACUGGUAGAGCGAGUAACUUCAAAAUCUGCCCACAUAUCCAAGAAGCCCAAGAGGAAAUUGACCAUGGAAGAAGUGGAGCCAUCUACCUCGAAGCCCAAACUCUACCGCUGCUCUUCUGCAGACAAGUCCUUGGCAGUGCCCUGCCCUUUAUCUCCGCUAAAAGGUCAGCAGCGACUCAGUCACAUAAAGCCAGAGGGAACCAGACCUGGCAGAGAUGACCGUCAAGCAGAACGACCUUCAGAUGGCUCCAGUGCUACCCGUGACUUUGACAACUUGCAAAUGUACAGUCAGAACAUUCUGCUCUUAAGGGAGCAGGUGGAUAACACCCAGAGGCAGGUCGCCUCCCUGGAGGGGGAGCCCCGACAGGCUGACCCGCUCAGAGAGGAGCAGGUCAGGGAGCUGCGGGGUCAGCUAGAUACACUCAGAGCUAAAAUGCACAGGAUGGAGACAUUGGAGAAGUCUUUUAGUGAGACUAAAAGACUGCUAGAGGAGCAGAAAACGCAGCAACAAGAGGAGCUUUUAAAAAAGCAGCUUGAAGAGGCCCUGCAAGAACAAAAGAAAGUGAUAGGUGAACUUGCGCUCUCCCGACAAGGCUUUGAAGAGAUUCUCUUGGCCAAAAACAAGGAGUUGGAGGUGACAAAGGAGGAAAAGGAAAAGGCAAGAGCCCAAAAAGAGGAAGUAGUUACACAAGUGACCGAAGUGCUGGAGAACGAGCUUCAGUGCAUCAUCUGCUCAGAGCUCUUCAUUGAGGCCGUCAUUCUGAACUGCGCUCAUAGCUUCUGCUGUUACUGCAUCAAUCAGUGGCGCAAAAAGAAAGAUGAGUGUCCCAUCUGCCGGCAGGCUAUCCAGUCUCAGACCCGCUGUCUGGCGUUGGACAACUGCAUCGACCGUAUGGUGGAAAACCUGAGCCUGGACAUGAAGGCGAGGCGGCAGACCCUCAUCUCUGAGAGGAAAGAUAAGCGAGCUGUUGACCGUGAAGUCAUCAGAUCAGCAGCUGAAUCUGCAGAGGUGAUGGUGAUCCCCGAUGAUGACAGUAGCAGCAACAGCAACAGCGACAGCGAUAGCAGCAUGGUGUCCAUAGAUAGCAGCCUCAGCUCCGUGUUGUCUGUGGACACGGACAGUAGCAUCCAUUUGGAGUCCAGCUCUCCGUACAGCGGAUACUCUGAUGACAGUUCUGAUGAAGAUGAGGAUUAGCCCCUUUUUCUCCUCUGGGCUGUAAUAUGGAAUUAGACUUUUCUGCUGUUGAGUUUUGCUUUUCAAUGGAAUGUUCCCGGGACAUUUAGGAUAGAGGAUGCAAAGUUUGGUCCAGGAAGGUUUAUGUUUAGUUUAUAUUUUUUGUAAAAUAAUCAUUUGUGUUGUCCUUAUUUUCAACUAAAUGAAUAAAGUUUAUUCAUAUGCA